AUGUUUGAAGGAUUUCCAGAAGCAACAGGAAUUUACACAGAAGAUAUUCCUGAAGAAGACUACGAUAUGUUCAACGAUCAAGCUGUUAAAGAAUUGGUACAAAAGGUCAACAAGCUGGAAAAAGAAAAAGCUAAAACAGAAUUGGAGCGUGAUAUUCUGAAGAAACAAAUCUCUUCUUUGAAUGUAAAGAUAAAGAACUUAGAAGAUGUGAAUCAAACACUCAAUCAACUUCUCAGUGAAAUGAGUGAAGCUUCGUCAAAUGAAAUGAAGGCGAUGAAGUUGGAAAUGGAAGCCAUGAAAGCAGACAAGGUUGUGAAAGAUGAACAACUUCAUAUGCUAUACUCUGUCAUGGAAAAUCAUUUAAAGAUGGAUGUUCAUGCUGCAUUCAAUGAGAUAGAAGUGAAACGAGCUGAAGAAAGGAGAUUAGAACGUGAAAGACGCUUAGUUGAAGAAGCCACCCAAAAGAACAAAGGUGUGAUUGAUGAUACUCAAGAAGCUGGUGGUUCAUCAAGUCAACCUGAUAUUGGUGGUUCAUCAUCACAACAAGAUAUUGAAAUGGUUGAAGUGGUAGAAAUUCAUGAACAAGAAAUAGCUGAAGAUGAACAAGAAAUGGUUGAAGCUGAAGAAGUUCAGGAACCAGACUUCAUGAUUGUUGGUGAGUCUUCUAAGCCUAUUGAUAUAGACAACAUUCUUCGAAGGGUUGAUGUUAUUCAAAGAAAACGAAAGGCAAGAGAAGUAUUGCUACUAGAAUGGAAGACACAACAAUUUGUUCUUGUUGGUAAUGCCUAUCCUGUGCCUUACAAUGUUCAAGAAGUUGCUCGUGAGAUGAAAGUUAAAGAAAGGCGUAGAAAGGCAAACAAAGCUCGUGGAGAAGUUGUUGAGGAUGACUCCGAUGUAGAGUUAUUUGGAGAAGAUGAAGCAGAGGAAGAUGAAGAUAACGUUGAUGAUCAAAUGGAUGAUAAGCUUGAUGAUAACAAUGAUAAAGAUGAUAAAGGUGAUGAUGACAAUGAUCAAGGUGCUUCCGGGUUGUUAGUCAAAGAUCCAAUUGUUCAAGAAAGAAUUGAAGAGCUAUUGAAUGAUGAGAUUAAUGAGCAAGAGGAUGAUGUACAAAAUGAAGCAUCAUCAUCUGGAAAACAACAUGUUGAUCAGGUACUUCUCUCAAACCCAACUAUUAUUUACUUGAAUGUUCAACAAGAAGGAGAGGUUGAGGUUAGAAGAACCAGAGCUGAAAUGCUAGAGGAAUUAGGUUUAGAAGAAGGAAAGUUCAAGUUUGAUAUUGAGGAUGAAAUUCCUCAGUCACCAGCUAAAGACUUCGAGCCUAGAUAUGCAUUUGAAGCAGAUCAUUAUGAUGAUGUGAUUGUUGAAGACGCUUGA